UCUCAGUGAAAGGACGUGUCUUGUUUGGAUUUUCCCGCGGCAUUACUCGUUGAAUUUGAACAACGGAUAAACAUUCUGGAAUACAAAACAAAUUGUUUCACGUGUCUUUUAUGGAAUAUUAUUGUGAAGAACGUGAUCUAAAUUGGAAUUAAGUGAUUACAUUGACCUUGAAAUAAUUGUCGAUAUUUUUUGUGAAUAUAUUAUUUCAAGUUGACGGAAUAAAAAUCUAAAUUUUGUGCGGAAUAUCAAAAACUACAAGAUUCUUACGGGAGCCAGUUUUAUGAUAGUUUUUACAUAUUCAACACUAUUCAAUUGUAAAGAAUACUAAGAGAGAAGACAGUAGCAUGGAUGGACCGUAGAAUGCGCGUCUUUGGGGCGCUUAUAUUUUUAAUAAUCGUUUCUCCUGCACUCGCCUUCGUUGCCGGCGCUGAUGGUCCAGUAUUGUUUCAAGAGGCUUUGGAGAAUGGAGAGUCAACGCUUAGUUGUGACUCUAGCCCGGACACGGCGGAGGAUGAAAUCAUGCUUCUUGUAUGGUACAAAGAUAAUGAGUCAAUUUACAGUUACGACGCUCGCGUGGGAACAGAAUGGUGUAACAUUGGUUUCAAUGCCAGCGGUCGAGUAAUCGCUAAUAUGUCUUCAAAUCCUACAACGUUAACCAUUACAGCUUUGAGAGAUGAUGAUCAAGCCUUAUAUCAUUGUAGAGUGGAAUUCCUUUUGUCACCAACAAGAAAUACCGGCGUAAACUUAACUGUUAUUGUUCUACCAAGUGAGCCUUUCUUUCUGGAUGAAUUAGGAAACACUGUUACCAACAAAACUAGGCCUUAUUACGAAGGAGAUACGCUAGUUUUAACCUGCCUUGUUAUUGGAGGACGGCCGCCGCCAAAAAUAACUUGGUAUUCUGGAGAAAUUUUAGUAGAUGCAAGUUACAGUGUAAGUGAUAUACCAAAUGUAAGACAAAACGAACUCUAUCUGCCACUUACACGUGAUAAUGCAGAUACUUUAUCAUGUAGAGCUACUAAUACACAUUUAGUGAAGCCGUUAAAAGCUAAUCUACUGAUAGAAUUAUACUUGCCAGCCAACAAUGUAACUGUUGAAUGGAUUCAAGGAACCACCAACGGUAACAUUCGAUCAGGAGAUAAAGUCAUAGUGCAGUGCAUCGCAUAUGGUUCAUACCCGAUUCCUGAUAUAACUUGGUUUCUCAACCAUAAAAGUCUAUCGCAUCACAGUAAUCAGACAUGGAAUGAAACUCUUCAAGCAGUAACAUCUCGUAUUGCUCUAACACCAACUAGAGUAGAUAACAACGCUACUUUAACAUGCGAAGCGAAAAACCCAGUAAUGCCUGCUGGAAGAAAUUCAAAAUCAGCAUCCGUUAGCUUAAAUGUAACAUUCGGACCAGUAGUGCAUGUAACUAGAUUUGAAGAUGAAAAAAAUGAAGUUAUUGAACUUGACACAUUAAUAUUGAAAUGUAAGGUUGAAGCUAAUCCUCCAGCUAGUAAACUAUUUUGGUAUUACAACGAUAUUGAAAUAAAAGACGGCAUUCGAGGAAUUCGGGUUUCGUCAAAUGCGUUGGUAAUUGAUGAAGUAAGCCGAAGUGAUUCCGGCCGGUACUCCUGUGCAGCAAGAAAUAACAUCGGUGAAACAAAAGCGAGUCCCAUAAAUAUAAGUGUUCUUUAUCCACCAGCUUGCACUAAAUUGGGUAUUGUUCUUAAGAAAGAAACUUUCAUAUGCAACGUGAAAGGCUUGCCAACUCCAGAUACUUAUUUCUGGCAUAUCAACCAAGUGGAUUACGAUGCUCAACAUUUAACAACGGGAUCAAAUACAUUAUCACUUGAACAAGUCGCUGGGCCUUUUUCGGAGAGUCUAAACGUUAGCUGUGAAGCUGACAAUGGUAUAGCAUCUCAGGACAAAUCCUGUAAUAGAGUCAUCAGAAUAGGUCACUUAAAACCACAACAACCACAACAAUGUGAUCUUGCGUUUGAAUACAAGGAGUUUCAAAUAAGAUGUCUACCAGUUGAAAACGCUACGUAUUAUGAAUUAUCUUUAUGGAGGUUGUCGACGACUAAUACUUCAUUAGUAUUAGAUCAGAAACGAUCUCUGGAAGUUGGCAACAGUUUAGCUCUGAUGCAAAACGAAGAGCCUUGGCUAGUUAGAGGGGAGCUGGGAUUACUGAAGGCUGGCGACGAGGCUGGUGCAGCGGCUUGCAAUAGAUAUGGGUGCUCUGCAGCGCUACUACUGAGGCCCACGGAAGGUCUACUGAGUGCUGCUAUGCCGCCUUGGUGGAAGUUUUUUACGGAGAGAGACGUAGGCAUAUCUAUUGGCGUUUUGUUGUUGGUGGUAAUGUUUGUCUGUUCGACGGUCUUGGCCGUGCGAUUAGCAAAGAGGUCCCGGACGAAGCCGGUGCCUGUCAUACAAGUGCUGCAACUUGAUGACGUUACUCGAGAUUAUCUUAGUCGAACGAGCGAUAUCCACGGACUUCCGUCGUGCAGCCUACGAUCGAAUAGCAGUGACUAUUCCGAUGAUGAUGACAGUCCUUCCUUGGCGGAUUGUCGUUGUCCUCACAUACCACAAGACUGGAUACCCCCGCCUGACGUCACAUUAACUUUGCAAAGAGAAAGUUCCGUGUAGAAGAACUACGAAUAUAAUUGACCUUGAAAAUACACUGCAAUGACACUUGUAAUAUGAUUGCUGUCUCUAUUUUUUUAAAGGGAAUGAUAGAGAUGGUAAUAUAUUGAGCUUAUAAUAAUAUCACAAUGGUGCCAAGUUGACGAAAUAUUGUCGAAUCUUGUACAAUCAUCAUCAAGUGAUAAAUACGACUAUUAAUAAGACUUUAAUUUAUUACACCCAAGUAAUAUGUAAGUUUACUAUUUUUAAGAUAACUUAUUGUUAAUGGACAUUUUAAAGUAAACAAGUGGAAAUGCAACUUCACCAUUUGGUAA